AUGGAUAUCAAUAGAGUAAGUAACGGUGGUAUUUAUAAACCAAUAAUUCUUACUGAUGCUGUACCUUCAACAUCAUCAACUAUUGGACAUCUUAUAAAUAAUCCUAUUGAUGAUUAUCAACCUCCAUCUGCUCGUGAUAGUGGUUGUUAUUCAUCUACAGCUGAUGAAUUGCAUUUAAUGCAAUCACAAUUAUCUAGUCCAAAUCAUGGUACAAAACAACAGUAUCAAUCAAAACAAAAAAAAACACAAGUACAACAGAAUGAUAAUAAUAAUACCAAUAAUAAUAAUAAUAGAACUAUUACUACAUCAAGACAUGAACCAUUAGAUAAAGUUGUAAUAAAUAUAAGUGGUUUACGUUUUGAAACUCGUGCAUCAACUUUACAACGUUAUCCACAUACAUUACUUGGUGAUAAACAACGUCGUGCACAUUUUUUUGAUUAUAUGAAUAAUGAAUAUUUUUUUGAACGACAUCGUUCAUCAUUUGAAGCUGUACUUUAUUUUUAUCAGAGUGGUGGUCGUCUUGCACGACCAGAAAAUAUUUCAGCAGAAAUUUUUCUAGAAGAAAUUAAAUUUUUUGAUCUUGGUGAUGAAGUACUUAAACGUUAUCGAAAACAGGAAGGUUAUGUUGAAGAAAUUCCUGUACAACGACCAAUCAAUGAUCUUCAACGUACUAUUUGGGAAAUAUUUGAAUGUCCAGAAUCAUCCAAUACAGCACGUGUUGUUGCUAUUAUAUCAAUUGUUAUGAUUAUUAUAUCAAUAGCAUCAUUUAUUAUUGAAACACUCCCAUAUAUACGUAAUGAUGCACCAGUAUCAUUAGAUCAUAAUGUAAAUACUACACAACAAAUACAUUCAUUAGCAUCAAAUAAUGAAACAAGAUUUUUUUGGUUAUUUUUUAUUCUUGAAACAAUAUGUGUUGCUUGGUUUUCAUUUGAAUUUAUAUGUCGAUUUUUGGUUGCACCGUCCAAAUUUGCUUUUAUUAAAAAUGGCCCGAAUAUUAUUGAUGUUGUAUCAAUAAUACCAUAUUUUAUACAAUUAAUUGGAUUAAUUUAUCAAAAAAAAGAUAGCAAUGUAUCGGGGUUUUCAUCAACAUUAACUGUAUUGAGAAUUGUUCGACUUGUUCGAGUUUUUCGAAUAUUCAAAUUAUCAAGACAUUUUAAGGGUCUACAAGUGCUUGCCUUGACAUUUUUAGCGUCAUGGAAAGAAUUAUUGUUAUUAAUGUUCUUUCUUUUUAUUAUUGUUAUUGUCUUUUCAUCAUUUAUGUAUUUUGUUGAAGCUGAUUAUUCAAAUAUAUCACAAGUAAAAACACCAAAUCAAUUAUCAUCAUCAUCAUCUGUAUCAUGUCCUCCUUCAUCUAUGAAUUGUCUUUCACAUUGUGAUCACAAUUAUACUACAACACAACAAUCAAAUAAUCAAUUUGCAUCCAUUCCUGAUUCAUUUUGGUUUUCUAUAAUAACAAUGACAACUGUUGGUUACGGAGAUUAUGUACCACGUACAACAUUAGGUAAGGUUAUUGGUGCAGCAUGUGCAAUAACGGGUGUAUUAACAAUUGCAUUACCAGUACCUAUAAUUGUAUCUAAUUUUACAUAUUUUUAUCAACGACAAAUGGAAGAUAAUGAACGACAAUAUCAAGCGAGACAAAAAGCACAAGCAGCAACUCAAUUAGCUUUAGAAAGACGUCGUUUAUAUUCAUUAAGUGAAAAAGAAGGUGGACCUGAAAUAAAUGAAUGGGAAGCAACAUUAAAUGAACCUGAUUAUUCCGAUUAUAGAGAAAUAACGCAUGCUAUGACAAAACGUUUAGUUCACAAUGCAUAUUUUAAAGCAUUUCGUGGUUCAAAAAAAAUAUCACCAACAAUGCGUAAUCAAAAAUUACCACCUGCAGCACCAGCACGUCACUUAACUCAAAGAAUUUAUCAAAUAACUGAUGAUAAACAUGAAACAGAUUUUAUGUGUUAA